CUGACCUGGGGAAGUGGUGUAGUGACAAGACUGGCACGGGACAGGAGUUGGAGUGUCUGCAGGACCACCUGGAAGACCUGCUGUCAGGGUGUGGUGAGGUGGUGGGCAACCUGACAGAGCUGCAGUCUGAGGACAUUCAUAUUGAGGCCCUGCUGAUCCGGGCCUGUCAGCCUGUCAUCCAGUCUCACUGCCAUGAUGUAUCUGAUAACCAGGUGGAUACAGGGGAUGUGAUGGAGUGUCUGGUUCAGAACAAACACCAGAAGGAGAUGAACAGCAAGUGUACCGUGGGAGUGACACACUUCCAGCUGAUCCAGAUGAAGGACUUUCGUUUCUCCUACAAGUUCAAGAUGGCGUGUAAAGAGGACGUGCUCAAGCUCUGCCCCAACAUCAAGAAGAAGGUGGAUGUAGUGAUCUGUCUCAGUACUACAGUGAGGAAUGACACUCUGCAGGACGUCAAGGAGCAGCGUGUCUCUCUCAAGUGUCGGAAACAACUCAGAGUAGAGGAGCUGGAGAUGUCAGAGGACAUUCGUCUGGAACCGGAGUUGUAUGACGUGUGUAAGACGGACAUCGGGCGGCUCUGCUCCAACGUGGUGUUCGGUAACGCUCAGACGAUGGAGUGUUUAAAGGACAGGAAGAAGCAGCUGUCUCGGCAGUGUCACCAGAGGGUGUUUAAACUACAGGAGGGAGAGAUGCUGGAUCCAGAACUGGACUACCAGCUCAUGAGGGUCUGCAAGCAGAUGACUAAGCGGUUCUGUACAGAUGUGGAUGCUAAGAACAUGCUGCAGUGUCUGAAACAGAACAAGAACUCUGAACUGAUGGAUCCCAAGUGUAAACAGAUGAUCACCAAGAGACAGAUCACACAGAACACAG